GGGACCAGGCUGGGGGCAGAGCGUGCGGAGCUGCGGAGCGGGUAGCGAGCCGGGCAGCCAGCCCCACUCUAGAGUGACCCUGAGCCUCCGCGGGACCCGAGUCCGACCGAACCCUCGAAGCAUCGCCCGCGUGCCCCAGCCGCGCCCCGGAGUCUCUCGCGCCGCGCAGAGGAGCGAGCUCGAGCAUCUCCCGCGCGGCCGCCGCUGGGACGAGGAGUAGGGACACCGAGGGCGACAGACCCCCCGAGCCCGAGCGCAGCCGCUUCCCGUCGUCGGAACCGCCAUGACCCACUUCAACAAGGGCCCUUCCUACGGGCUCUCCGCCGAGGUCAAGAACAAGAUCGCAUCCAAGUAUGACCAGCAAGCGGAGGAAGAUCUGCGCAACUGGAUAGAAGAGGUGACAGGCAUGGGCAUCGGCACCAACUUCCAGCUGGGCCUGAAGGACGGCAUCAUUCUCUGCGAACUCAUAAACAAGCUACAGCCAGGCUCUGUGAAGAAAGUCAAUGAAUCCUCACUAAACUGGCCUCAGUUGGAGAAUAUCGGCAACUUCAUCAAAGCCAUUCAGGCUUACGGUAUGAAGCCCCAUGACAUAUUUGAAGCAAAUGAUCUUUUUGAGAAUGGCAACAUGACCCAGGUUCAGACUACACUGGUGGCCCUAGCAGGUCUGGCAAAAACAAAAGGCUUCCACACAACCAUCGACAUCGGAGUCAAGUAUGCAGAAAAACAAGCAAGACGUUUUGAUGAAGGCAAAUUAAAGGCCGGCCAAAGUGUAAUUGGCUUACAGAUGGGAACCAACAAAUGUGCCAGCCAGGCGGGUAUGACAGCCUACGGGACCAGGCGGCAUCUUUAUGACCCCAAGAUGCAGACCGACAAACCCUUUGACCAGACCACGAUUAGUCUGCAGAUGGGCACCAACAAAGGAGCCAGCCAGGCUGGGAUGUUAGCACCGGGUACCAGAAGAGACAUCUACGACCAGAAGCUAACAUUACAGCCAGUGGACAGCUCGACCAUCUCGCUACAGAUGGGUACCAACAAAGUGGCUUCCCAGAAAGGAAUGAGCGUGUAUGGGCUUGGGCGGCAAGUGUACGACCCCAAGUACUGUGCCGCCCCUACAGAACCCGUCAUUCACAACGGAAGCCAGGGUACAGGAACAAAUGGGUCAGAAAUCAGUGAUAGUGAUUACCAGGCGGAGUACCCCGAUGAGUAUCAUGGCGAGUACCCCGAUGACUACCCCCGAGAAUACCAGUAUGGCGAUGACCAGGGCAUUGACUAUUAGAAUCACACACACGGGAGCGCAGUAUUUAGUCCGUUGUUUUUAUCCAGUGAGACCCAGGCUAGCCUUGAGUAAUUCUUCUCUCGUCUUCCUAAAACACUAUUAUUCUUAUUGUACCUUAAGAAAAAAAUGCCUUACAUACAUUCCUUUUUCCUUUCUCUGCCUCCUCCCCAAAUAGUUGCCUUCUAGUGCUGUAACCGUUAAGUCCUACAGCAUAACCGAUAACGCGUGUGCAGUGAAAAGGGAUGCCGUGGAAGGGCAGCCAGUUCUUAUAUUGACGAGCUAUGCAUUUUUUUUUUUUUUACAAUCUUACACUUAAACUGGUAUUUUUCCAAACAAUAGGAACCUAUUUUUCUUUUCUACAGUUUAAUGUGUAUCCGGCUUAUACAUGGAAGACUAAAAUGUUGAUUUGCUAAAUGUGGUUUUUGCCAACUAAAUCCUAAGAUGCAGCGUGUAGAACCUGACACACGGAUGUUUUUUUCUGCAGUCCUGCUUGCUGAGUUUUAAAUAAAGUCAUGAUCAGUGUGCA